AAUCUUUAAUUUUAUGUUCUGUGAAUACAAAUUGUUUGUAGAGUUGAUUGUUGUAUUAUGGUUAUAUUCAUUACUUAAUAAAUGAUUUAAUGUCAGUUAGUGUUGUGAUUUGAUAUUAAUCGGUCGUGUUGUGACAACUAUGUCGACGGUAUUACUAGCUGCCGUAGCUGUCAUCAUAUGCAUUCUUUUCCGAAUUUUAAAUGUAAACAGUGAACCACAAAAGCCUUCGAUAUGGUGCUGUGAUAAUAAGUUUUUGAACAACAUUCAGAAAAUAGCACCAAUUCUUAAUGAACAAUAUAUACCAACUAGACUUUGGGGAUUCAGCGGUCACGUUCAAACUAUUCUUCAUAGCAUCAUAGGAAGAGUAAAAUGUCCUUGGCCUAUCGGAGAAAGAGUUUUUCUAACACUUCAAGAUGGCACGACAUUGACGUACGACAUAUACCAACCGAUUGACACUCAUUUUCAAGAUGAUGUUAGUAUAGCAAUUUGUCCUGGAAUCUGCAAUACAUCUGAAAGUAUCUACGUUCGCACAUUUGUUCAUUGGGCACAAUAUCACGGUUAUAGAUGCGUCGUAUUGAAUCACGUUGGUGUAUUGAAAAACGUUCCCGUUACAGGUCCCAGAAUCUUUAGUUAUGGCGAUUCUGAAGAUUUUCAAGCGAUGAUAAGAAACAUAGUAGUUAGAUAUCCAGAGACAAAAGUUGUUUGCGUCGGAUUCAGUUUAGGCGGUAAUCUAAUUACAAAAUAUUUGGGAGAAGACAAACCGAAACCUCCCAAUGUUAUUGGAGGAAUUUCAAUCUGUCAAGGCUAUUGUGCUUUAGAGGGUUCCAAAUAUAUGCUUAGCUGGCAGAACUUUAGAAGAUUUUAUCUUUAUGUAAUGACGGAAAAUUUGAAGAACACCAUUUUAAGACACCGCAAAACGUUAUUGUGCGAGGAAUUGAAGAAACGCUUCAAUUUGAACGAACACGAAAUCGUAUCUGCCGCAACGUUACCAGAACUAGACGAAGCAUACGGAAGGAGAGUAUACCAGUUCAAUACAAUUUCGGAUUAUUAUAAAUGGAGUUCAAGUAAAUAUUACUUUGAAAAAAUUCAAGUACCGAUGAUCUUUAUAAAUGCCAUCGAUGAUCCAAUCAUACCAUCACCAUUACUGGAACCAGUUAAAAAAUUAGCAAUGGAAAAAAAUAAUACAGCAUACAUUGAAGUAGUGCAUGGGGGCCAUUUGGGUUUCUACGAAGGUGGACUGAUAUAUCCAAAUCCGGUAACUUGGCUCGACAGAUCGCUUGUCGCUUUAGUCGGUUGUUUGACACUUACUUCGGAUGAAAUGUCGUUGAAAUCACGUAACUCCUUAGAAAUAUGAAAUGUAUUUAUGAAAAAGAAAAGAAAGGACAUGCUUGUAGCUUUCAUAAAAAACAAAUAACUAAUGGGGCGUUAUAAGAGCUUUGAUAGUUUUGACUAUUUACACACAAAAGUCUUUAACAUGAUUUUUUUUCUCCAAUUUUUGUUAUCUGUUGACAUUUUGUGGGUAAAUCAUUUACAAUUACGGAUUGUAUUCGAUGUGACUUAUGUAAGAUAACACAUUUUUCAGAUACAUAAAUAAAUAGUUAAUAAAUUGUUUGUAUAUUUAAUUUAUGUCUAAUUUCAAUUUAUUUAAUCACUACUAUACUAGCUUUGAAAUGGACAAUGUAUGUGUGCAUCCCUCAAGAUUGCAUAGUCGAAUAUUAUUCAGUGACAAUAUAAAAUUUCCAUUCCAUAGAUAUUCGAAAUGCUUAUUAUUAAUAACACUGGUCAACAAAAUUUUAACUUAUUUUUGUCACCCGAAAACUUAUACCAAAUUUUGAAUGUACUAUGGCCACCAAACAAUAAUAUAUCAAUUGAAAAAUAUUUACAUAUUUGGUUUCUUUUAAGUCCCCGACAAUAAUCUGCUAGUAUUCCUGGACUUUUCCCUUGAUAACGCUCUUUUAAUAAGGAAAUGUCCUGAUGAAAACUUUCGCCUUGUUCCUCCCUCACAGCACCCAAAUUCUCGGGGAAGAAAUCCAAAUGAGAGUACAGGAUAUGUAUUUUUAAAGACAUAUUACAUCCCAACAUUUACAAAACAUUGCCAGGUGACUUUUUCCAGAUCAUUUAACUUUUCUUUAAAGUUUGUAUUCUUCAUUAGUUAAUGUAUUUGUGGAUCAAUAAAUAUUCCCUCUUUAAUUUUUGCCUUGCUGAGUUUGGGAAAAUUCUCUUUCUGCCUCUGCUAUUUCAUUCGCAAAUGAAACAGCAAAAUUUUGUGCAACCAAGUUGUAGCGCAAACAAAAAAAGCAAUGAUUUUAAAAUCUCCACAAAUUUUCCAAACAUGUUUACCAUAUUUAAUUUUUUCAAGAAGGAACUUUGUGUUCUCGUAAGUCUCUUUCCAAUCACUAGUGACUUGGAUAAUAUUGAACAUUCAAUAAAUUCAUCGCUACAAUACAAAAUACUAAAUCAUCUGCUUUAGAAAAGGAAGGUUUCAUUCCAUCGUCACGAUGUGGGAAAUAAGAAAUUUUCGUACCAGGAGAAAGGAAAUUCCAGUCGUUUAAUCUAGACUCCAAAAGCUCAACUUGUUUUAAAACAAAUUCAAAUCACGUACUAAAUCGUUUAAAUCACUUUCACAGUUCAUAAUUUGGGUCACUUAACUAAGAAAGAAAAUACUGACUUUAUGCUUGAUUUGGAGGCUUUGGCACAGGCAGUUGAGCAUUAUUUAGCAUUGAUCUGUUGGCUGAAGACAAGUUUGGCUACUGGACAGUGAAUUUGGACUUUAUGCUUGAUUUGGAGGCUUUGUCACAGGCAGUUGAGCAUUAUUUAGGAUUGAUCUGUUGACUGAUGACAAGUUUGUAUACUGGACAAUGAGGGUACAUCAAAACAAAUAAAAAUCAUCACAAAGUUCGUGUGACAGAAACAGUGUUUACCAGUGUAAUUAUUUAAAUCUCCUAAAAAAUUUUGUGAAAUCACUUUGAACUAAAUUAAUAAGAACAAAAAACAGAGAAGAAGAAUCGAAUUAAUACUUAUACUAAAUAUUGUGUAUAGGGUGAAUAUUAGUUUCUGAAACAUUCCACACUUAAAAAUACAUGAUUUAUUCAUCUUUGAGAACAAAUUUUUCUUUUAGGUUAACUAUUAUAAUGUGAAAAGUAACUGGUAUUAUUAGCAUUUUCCAUUAUUUGUAUAACUAUUUUUAAAUUUUUUGGUCAUAUCUUUUACAAUCUGAAUCAGUAUACAAUUUUGUAUUACAAGUAUUUAUAUAUGUAAAUCUAAUCAAAAAUCCCUUCUUUGAUCGUGAACCCCUCAUCAUUUUCAUACAUACAAUAAGAUGUAUAAAAUAAAAAACGACAAAAAUGAAAUGAAUGAGUAGCAAGAAAAAACAAAAUGAGCAUAUUUAUAUUAUAAUAGGGAAGCCAAAGAAGCUAAAUUGAGAUUUUCUCAAGCUUGUCACGUAUUUAAAGUCUCGAUGAUAGGAAGAAUAAAUUGUGACUAUAACGAAAGGUAGAAAAUUAUAACAUACAAUAAAAGCUAUUUAAAAACAAUCAGGGUAUUAGAUGAUAAUAUAAUUCAUUCAUACUAUUCCAAAAUCAGAUAUGAUUAUUUUAGAGGUAUUUUAUUAAUCUGACGGUUUUCAAUAUUUUUAUUUCAAAAACCAAAUAUGACAAAUGGUAUGAAAACUUUCUCAAAAAAAUUAAAUACUGUCAAAAAAUUGAUUUUUAAUCAUUACCAUUAUAAUCAUCGUCAUACUGUUUGAGAGUUAAAAAUCAUGAUAGAGAAAUAUGGAUUGGGGUCAUGUGCUUUACUUCUUGUGUACAAACUAAACUUUUUCUAUGAACAAUUUUAUGGCUGGAAAUUUAUAUUUAUUCAGCUCCAUUUCAUUAUAAUCAGAUUGUCGGUGUAUUGAAAUGGAUACUUUUUAACUUAAAAACUUAAUUUGACGCCCAUUUUUUUUUACUUUUCUAAAACUGAUUUAGACGCACGAUUCGUUAUAAAGGACUAAAACAUAGUGAGAGUACUCUUAAGUAUGCAAAAUAUUCCCCUUAUAUUGCAACUCUCGAGGUCAAAAACUCCCAGCUUGGGCUCCCCUUCAAUUUACUGUCAAAAAGGAAAAAUAAACUAAUGGGGUCUACGAUUUAACUCGUGAUCAACUACUAAUUGUAUGAAUAUUAUAAUUGGAUGUAUCGAUGUCAAUAGAUGUAGAUAAAGUGUAAUAUUCAAGAUUUAAUUCCAAAGUAACAACAGUUGCAUAUGACUAUUUAAUUUUACAUCUUGUAUAAGUAAACUGUUAAUGUACAUCUAAAGUUUGCAAUUAUAUUACAUAAACCUUAAUAGACAUUCAGUUGACAUAUAUCUGCUGUUGACUUUAGAAUUAUAUCUUAUACGACUCAGCUUUUGUCUACAUUUUGAUGUUUGCAGAAGGUGCUUUUAAGUUUAUGCAUUUGCACUUUUAUAGUUGGGUCCACAAUUUUUUCACAUACUUUUGAAUUAUGAGUAUUGAGCUUUUUUAACAUAUAGUGCAAUGAUUCAAUUAUUUUAAUUCUAAUAUUUUCAAUUGUAUUUAGCACAAAAAUACGGAGAAAAAUAGAAUCAAGAGAAAUAAAAAAACUGAUUAUGUAAAAGAAAUUCAUUAAACAAAUCUGUAUGCUAAAAAGAUAUUCUCUAUAUACGUCAAUGAACUAAUCAGUUUUAACAUAAAAUAGUCAAUAACAUUGUUUGAAAAUCUUAUCUUCGCAAAAUGAGGUUACGACCCAUAAUAGUUUGCCUAAGAUUACCACAACGAAAAAUAUAAAUGAUAACCUUUUAUUCUAAAGACUCAUCAAAAUAUUUUUGAAAUAAAAUUCCGCAUUUCCUUAAAAUAAAACCUUUAAUUUGUUUCCUCCUUAUACAUAAAAUAAUCGCAAACAUUUCUAAGAAUGUUAGAAAGAUCCAAGAAUCAUAUCUCUGAAUUGCUUGAUUAACAAAUCUUCUCAAGUUCUUUUGGGUAAAACUCAUAUCUACUUUGAUAUUUUCUACACCUUAUUGCUCAAUUUUUCUCUACAGCUACAAAACAUCUAAUCUCGUUACAAUCAGGUCUCAAUCUUUCUCUUUAGUUUUCUUCUUUUCCCAAUCAUAGACAGUGCAAUGCACUUUUUUCUGUUUAUUUUUAUUAGAUGUUUGGAUAUCGCAUUUAUUUGAUAGUACAUGGCUAAAUCAAUAUUAAAGAGUGGAUCUAAUUGCUACAGCUGUCCUUUUCUGUCUUCAUAUUUAUAUUUCAGUGUUGUGCUUGCAGUAGUAUUCUUGAAUGAGGUCCUUCAAUCCUCUCAAUCCUAUAUUAGGAUGAGUCGUCAGCUCUUUGAAUAAUUUUAAAGAACGGUUCUAAUAAUUCAAGUAUCUUUUUUGGUCUAAUUAGUACAUGCAUUCUUUCCUUUUGUUCCUUAUGCAGAUGUUCUGCUAUUCUUGAACCUUUUAACUGUUAGAAAGUAUGAAUCCCCAUGACAAAUAAUUCAAUUUUCUGACCUCAUUUUCCAAGCAAUUUUUGUAUAUAUAUUUGAUGAUGGAAUCAAUAUUGGGUCAGUGAGCACUUAUUCCAUCGAUCUGGUAUAUUUCUACGGUUUACCAUGACAUUGUAAAUAAGUGAUUAUCUGAUUACAAAUAAAGUCGUGAUUUGCUUGGUGAAAAAAAAUUAUAACAUAAAUACAUAUUUAUUUACAAUAAUAUCAUCAAUGGAGUAUCUACAGCACAAAUCUUAAUAAUAAAAAUUCUUUCUGGGUUAAAAAUAAUUCUGUGAUCCAACUAUAAUUCACUUAUUGUACUUAUUGUGAUACAUAAUUUAUAGUUGUAGAAUGAAUGUUAUUUAUUAAACAUAAAUUGGUAAAAAAAAUAUUAAAAUUUAUUUAUUUUUAUAAAUUUUGUACAGUAGGUUAUCUAACUUUUCUGAUUAAAAAUAUUUAAAAUAUAGAUAUUACAUCUUUUUUGUAGUUCUGUUUAAUAUGAAGACUUUUUGGACAAUGUUUAUGUGAAAUAAAUAUAAUUUCAUGUU